CCCCACCACACCCAAAAACCUAUUAUCACUCGCAAAACACCUGCAGCAGCAGCUUCUAUAUGUAUGUACUGUAUCUGUCAAUUGUCAUUCCAAAUAGCAGCAAAAUCUCCCCUUUCUUAACAAACUCAAAGACUGUGACUUGAAUGAACAACAAGAAUCAGGUUUUACAAGAUUGUAAGAUGGAGGGGCCGUAUUUCCUUAAGUAGGGAAGGAAAGAAUUUUUUUUUUUUCAGCAAAGAUGAGCUACAAACUAUUAUCACCAAGUGGGGUGAUGAAAGAUGUUGUCUUUCUCAUAAUGUUUCUGAGUUGCUGUUUUGUGGUGGUAUCAAAUGCAAGAAAAUUGGCUGCUAAUGAUCAAGUAGGUAGCUUAAUUGCCUUCAAGAAAUCUUCUGUUGAAUUUGAUCCAAAUGGGUUUUUGAAUGACUGGAGUUUUUCUUCUUCUUCAACUCCUUGCACUUGGAAUGGGAUUUCAUGCUCAAAUGGUCAAGUUGUUGAGCUCAAUCUCUCUACUGCAGACCUUAGUGGGCCCCUUCAUCUCUCUCAUCUCAUGGCUUUGCCUACUCUGCUUCGCCUUCACUUCACUGGCAACAAUUUCUAUGGCAAUCUUUCCUCAACAGCUGAUUCUUGUAGCUUUGAGUUUCUUGAUUUAUCAGCUAACAAUUUCUCUGAGACUCUUGUUUUAGAGCCUUUAUUGCAGUCUUGUGAUAGAAUUAAGUACCUUAAUGUCUCUGGGAAUUCAAUUCAUGGAGUAGUUGGUCUCAAGUUUGGACCUUCACUGUUGCAGCUUGACUUAUCAAGUAACACAAUAUCAGAUGUAGGCAUUUUAAGUUAUGCACUGUCCAAUUGCCAAAAUUUGAAUGUGCUUAAUAUCUCCUCAAAUAAGCUAUCUGGCAAACUAAAAAGCUCCCUCUCUUCUUGCAAGAGCCUUUCUGUUCUUGAUCUCUCGCAUAAUAACUUUACUGGAGAACUCAAUGGUCUUGAUUUUGGGACUUGUCAAAAUCUUACUGUCCUCAAUUUGUCUUUCAACAACCUUACUUCAACUGAGUUCCCUCCCACCUUGGCAAAUUGCUUGAGCCUCCAUACACUGGACGUUGGCCAUAAUUCGAUCCAAACGAAGAUUCCUGGCGAAUUAUUGGUGAAGCUAAAGAGUUUGAAGCGAUUGGUGCUAGCCCACAAUCACUUUUUUGAAGAAAUUCCGUCAGAAUUGGGGCAGACUUGCAGCACACUUGAGGAGCUUGAUCUUUCUGGAAACCAGCUGACCGGUGAACUUCCUUCAACUUUUAAAUUGUGCUCCUCACUAUUCAGUCUCAACCUUGGUAAUAAUGAGCUAUCGGGCGAUUUCUUGAAUACUGUUAUCAGUUCACUCACAAGUGUUAGGUAUCUUUACUUACCAUUCAACAACAUAACUGGUCAUGUACCAAGGUCUUUGGCAAACUGUACAAAACUUGAGGUGCUAGACCUCAGUUCAAAUGUGUUAACUGGGAAUGUACCUUUUGAGUUUUGUUUAGCAGCCUCAGCCUCAGGGUUUCCUCUGGAGAAGAUGCUGUUAGCCGGUAAUUAUCUUACUGGAACAGUGCCAGCACAGCUCGGACUUUGUAGGAACCUCAGGAAGAUUGAUCUCAGCUUCAAUAAACUGACGGGUUCAAUCCCAUUGGAGAUUUGGACCCUUCCAAAUCUUUCGGAAUUGAUAAUGUGGGCUAAUAAUCUCACAGGUGAAAUUCCUCAAGGCAUUUGCAUCAGUGGAGGAAACCUUCAGACCCUCAUUCUCAAUAACAAUUUCCUCACUGGGGAACUUCCACAGUCCAUUACCAAUUGUACCAACUUGGUUUGGGUUUCGUUAUCCAGCAACCGACUUUCUGGAGAGAUACCACAUGGAAUUGGGAAUCUUGCAAAUCUUGCUAUCCUUCAGUUGGGUAAUAACUCACUUACUGGACCAAUCCCUCAGGGAUUAGGUACGUGCAGGAACUUGAUAUGGCUAGAUUUGAAUAGCAAUGCUCUAACCGGCUCAAUCCCUCCCGAGCUUGCUGAUCAAGCCGGCCUCGUUAAUCCUGGAAUUGUUUCUGGGAAGCAGUUUGCUUUUGUGAGAAAUGAGGGUGGGACUGAAUGCAGAGGUGCUGGUGGAUUGGUUGAGUUUGAGGGUAUCCGUGAAAAGAGGCUUGCGAUUUUUCCUAUGGUUCACUCCUGCCCAUCAACUAGGAUCUAUUCUGGGACGACAGUGUACACCUUCACGAGCAACGGUAGCAUGAUUUACCUUGAUCUCUCCUACAAUGCUUUAUCAGGAACUAUUCCUGAGAAUUUAGGUUCAAUGAGCUUUCUUCAAGUUCUGAAUUUGGGACACAACAAUUUCACUGGAACCAUUCCGUUCAACUUUGGAGGUCUGAAGAUAGUUGGAGUUCUCGAUCUGUCACAUAACAGCCUUCAGGGAUUCAUUCCACCCUCGUUAGGAGGCCUUUCGUUUCUUAGUGAUCUUGACGUCUCAAACAAUAACCUAUCUGGAGCGAUUCCUUCUGGCGGACAGCUGACUACUUUUCCAGCUUCAAGAUAUGAAAACAAUUCAGGCCUUUGUGGGGUUCCCCUUCCUCCUUGUGGCUCUGGCAAGGGACACCGUUCAUCAGGCAUUUACAAUCAUAAGAAUAAAAAGCCUACAACUAUAGGAAUGGUGGUUGGAAUUAUGGUCUCUCUUGUUUGUAUUGUCCUACUUAUCGUCGCCCUUUAUAGGAUUAAAAAGACUCAGAAGGAGGAGGAGAAGAGAGAUAAAUACAUUGAGAGCCUUCCAACUUCUGGCAGUAGCAGCUGGAAGCUAUCAAGCGUUCCCGAGCCACUUAGCAUUAAUGUGGCAACAUUUGAAAAACCAUUGAGGAAACUCACCUUUGGACAUCUUCUAGAAGCAACUAAUGGGUUCAGCUCAGAAAGCUUGAUUGGGUCUGGAGGUUUUGGUGAAGUCUACAAGGCUCAGUUGAGAGAUGGAAGUACGGUCGCAAUCAAGAAGCUUGUACAUGCAACAAGUCAAGGAGACAGAGAAUUCAUGGCUGAAAUGGAGACUAUUGGAAAAAUCAAACAUAGAAACCUUGUCCCUUUGUUGGGAUACUGCAAAAUUGGAGAGGAAAGGCUUCUUGUAUACGAGUACAUGAAAUGGGGAAGUCUCGAAUCUGUUCUUCACGAAGGGGAGAAAGGAGGGAUGAUUCUUGAUUGGGCAGUUAGGAAGAAGAUUGCAAUAGGAUCAGCAAGAGGAUUAGCAUUUCUUCACCACAGCUGCAUACCCCACAUAAUUCAUCGCGAUAUGAAGUCCAGUAAUGUACUUUUAGACGAAAACUUUGAGGCACGGGUUUCUGACUUUGGAAUGGCAAGGCUGGUAAAUGCACUGGAUACUCAUCUGAGUGUGAGUACACUUGCUGGGACUCCAGGUUAUGUUCCUCCAGAAUACUACCAAAGUUUUCGGUGCACAGCAAAAGGGGAUGUGUACAGUUAUGGUGUCAUAUUGUUGGAGCUUCUUUCCGGUAAGAGACCAAUAGAUCCUCGCGAAUUUGGUGAGGAUAACAAUCUAGUUGGAUGGGCAAAGCAGCUUCAUAAUGCGAAAAGAAGUCAUGAGAUCCUGGAUUCUGAGCUAAUAACAAAUCUCUCUGGUGAUGCUGAACUAUAUCAUUAUUUAAAGGUUGCAUUUGAAUGCCUUGACGAGAAACCUUACAAAAGGCCAACAAUGAUUCAAGUGAUGACCAAGUUUAAAGAACUACAAGCUGAUUCAGAAAGCGAUAUUCUUGAUGGCAUUUCACUGAAAGGUUCUAUACUAGAGGAAUCGCAAGAAAGAGAACCUUAAUCAAUGAUAUUUGAUCUUUUCUCUUCUUUUUGAUUGCCUUAUGGAUAGUUAGAAACUUUUAUGUUAAUGGUUCUUACUUGUGAGAUUCAUAGGAGUUUAUACUUCAGAUUUUGCCUACUGUAAAUAUUAGAACAUGAUGAAGAUGUGAAAUUGGUUUAGAUUAAUGCGCGAAUGAAUUUUCCUAUUUCUUGUCCCA